AUGAAAUAUCAAUUGGUACUUUCUUUUCUUGUUUUGUUGGUUCGCUAUGUGGAGGGGGACCUUCCCAUACACGCUCUGAUGGGGGACGUCGCAGGCAUUUGGGAAAUCAGCCAGACGGAGGAACUGAGCGACAAACCAGAACAUUGCGGGGGAGGGAUUCCCAACAGAAAUUUCCAAAAUUUGGAUCCGCAGCUAAAAAACUAUGAGACCUUUUUGGAAAAUAACUACGGAGGGAUGCAGACCACGUCGAUGAAGCUAACCACAGAAAAAAUUAAACUGUCGGACAAAGGAAAUCCAAGGAAUAACUGGACCUACUUGGCAGUGCGGGAUGGGAAGACUAAUGAGAUCGUCGGGCACUGGACUAUGGUCUAUGACGAAGGGUUCGAAGUCAGGGUCCCUGGGAGGCGGUACUUCGCUUUAUUCAAAUAUGAACGGACCAACUCCAAAAGGUGUCCUGAGCCGAUAGAAAACAAGGAUUCUACAGAUAGCAACUGUUAUAUAACGGAUCCUACAAGAACGCUCAUUGGAUGGGUUCUACACGAACGGGUUCACGAGAAUGAUAAAGGGAAGAAAGUAUUUCAGUGGGGAUGCUUCUAUGGAAGGAAGCAGGAGGAUGUAGGUGUCUCCUCCUUUGUCAUUCACGGUGCGAAUGGAAGUCCGGGUGGUACAGAGGAACGAGGAGGGAACACAUUACCGCCAGAGAACCAACUCAGUUUUGCUGCCAUUAAGCAGAGGUCGAAUUAUACGAAGAUAAGGCUGUCCACGGGGAAUCCAUACGGUGCGCCCAAAACAAGUUUGAUGAGCAUUUACCAACGCGCGAGGGAACGAAUUUACGGAUGCCGCAAGGAAGACAGCGAAGGUGUGAAGAUCCGAUUGACCCUACCGAAGGCAUUCACCUGGGGGGAUCCAUUCAGUGAUGACAAUUUUGAGGACGACGUGGAGGACCAAAUGAACUGCGGAAGUUGUUACUCCAUUGCAACUUUGUACAGUCUUCAUAGAAGAUUUGAAAUUUGGCUUUUUAAAAAAUACAGAAAAAAAGUUGCCGUUCCAAAAUUGUCUUAUCAAUCUAUUUUAAGUUGUUCCCCAUACAACCAGGGGUGUGAAGGAGGGUUUCCUUUUCUCGUUGGGAAGCAACUUUACGAGUUUGGAACACCAACGGAAGAUUCUUUUCGUUACGGAAACAGUGACUCCAUCGAGUGUGAAAUGAGUAUGGGUUCUUAUAACAACGUCACCUCUGCAAAAUACAAGGAAGAGGAUCUCUUCUUCGCAGGAGAGUACAAUUAUGUUAGUGGCUGUUAUGAAUGCUCCAACGAGUUUGACAUGAUGAAAGAGAUUUUUUCAAAUGGACCCAUCGUAGUUGCAAUAAAUGCCACUGCACAGUUACUUAGCUUGUACAAAUUGGGGAAAGAAAAUAGUAUUUACGAUAGGGCUACACAUGAGAACAAAGUUUGCGAUGUGCCAAAUGAGGGUUUCAACGGAUGGCAACAGACCAACCACGCUGUGACGAUUGUUGGAUGGGGGGAGGAAGAACAACAAGAGGGAGGCAACCCCGUUAAGUAUUGGUUGGUGAGAAAUACUUGGGGCAAGACGUGGGGAUACAAAGGAUACAUAAAAUUCCAACGCGGCGUGAACCUAGCCGGAAUUGAGACGCAGGCGGUUUUCCUCGACCCGGACUUAUCACGCGGCGGGGCGGUAAAAAUGGCUAGUCAAAAUGGCGCAUAA